AUGCGUGGGGAUCUUGGACAUCGAUACUUCAUUCCGCACUUAGCUGUGAUGGACCUUAUUGCGUGCUGCUCGGCUUCCAUUUUGUGUCUGCUGUCCAACUUUUAUCCACUCAGUUUUCCAUCCAAUGCUCUCUGUCGAUUUUUUUGGUACACGUCUUGGUCCAGUUCAGCGAUAUCUUAUUUGAUUUUAUUGCUGAUUGCGAUUCAGAGAUAUCUAGCUGUCUGCAAACCUCACGGGCCACAAAUGAGUGGAAAGUGGUGUCGCAUAGUGUAUGGCUCAACAAUAGGAAUUUGUAUGCUCCUGGCAAUCCCGUUCGUUUUCCUAACUGGCAACAUUCCAGUAACGCAAGUGUUCCAAGGGGAAAAUCUGACAGCAUACUACUGUUCAACUGGUGCGGGGGAAGAAGGCUCGAGGGAUUUCGAAACCGUUUACUUCAGCUUCUUGUCUCUUGUUGGGAUUUCCAACAUUGUGGUCACAAUGGGUUUCUAUAUUCCAAUAGGAUUAACGAUUUAUCGUACAUUUAACAGGAAACACAAACAGGAUUUCAAUACCCCUGGUGGUGAGGAGAGCAUAGAGGCAGAUUCCUCAGCAGACGGGAAAGUCAGUGAAGUGUCUUAUUCAACCGACAAUAGUAAAUGCAGAAAGUCCUCUCUUUCAAGUAAAAGAUCAAUGUCCGUUUUCAGGAAAAUCUCUGAGAAGAAGAGGACGAAGACAAAGAACCGUUUUACGGUGAUGCUGAUGUUAAUCGCUCUUAUCUACAUCGUAUCUAAUGUCCCUACCUUGGCUUUGAUCAUUAUCUGGAAGGAGGACCCGGAAUUCUGGACGGUAGUCGAUGACGUCAAAUUGAACAUACUGAUUAUUCUCAGAAGAUUGUUUCUGAUCAACAACAUCGUGAACCCGUUCCUGUAUGGAUAUUUCGAUCUGAGAUUCAGAUGUAAAGUGAUAGAACUGUUUGGAUUUUGA